UCUUUCAACAUGCGUCUAAAUCGCCCAUUAGAUUUAGAGAUUCCAACCGAUAGUGACAGAAGAAAGGAUAAGCACAACAAAAUAUUAUCAUGGAUAAGAAAUUAACCCCAAAAAACAGAAAAGAUUAUGAAUGAGAACAACCCAAUAUCACACACUUCAAUCAUUAAUAAUUAAUAAUAGUAAUAUAAUAAUAUCAAGAAAAGUCAUAGCAGUGUGAAUUUAGCUUCAAAAUUAGAUUUAGAAAAGAGUUUGAGUGAGUGAUUAAGAAAAAUGGGUAAAGGGGGAAUGUCAGUUGAUGAUCAUUUGGAAGAUAAAGAUGGAAGUUUUGAACAACAGAAUAUGGCUGCUUGGCUUGUUGGUUUGAACAAUCUCAAGAUUCAACCUUUCAAUCUUCCUACUCUAGGACCCCAUGAUGUCAGAAUUAGAAUGAAGGCUGUUGGAAUUUGUGGGAGUGAUGUUCACUACCUCAAGACACUGAGAUGUGCAGAUUUUAUAGUGAAAGAACCGAUGGUUAUUGGUCACGAGUGUGCCGGGAUCAUAGAAGAAGUUGGUAGUCAGGUAAAGACUUUGGUGGCUGGCGACCGUGUGGCGGUCGAGCCUGGGAUCAGUUGUUGGCGUUGUAACCAUUGCAAACUUGGUCGAUAUAAUCUAUGCCCUGAAAUGAAGUUUUUUGCUACUCCACCAGUUCAUGGUUCCUUGGCUAAUCAGAUAGUACAUCCAGCAGACCUAUGUUUUAAACUGCCAGACAAUGUGAGCUUGGAGGAAGGUGCAAUGUGCGAACCAUUAAGUGUCGGCGUUCAUGCUUGUAGGCGAGCAAAUAUCGGACCAGAAACGAAUGUGUUGAUUAUGGGAGCAGGACCAAUUGGACUUGUUACAAUGCUUUCGGCUCGCGCUUUUGGGGCACCCAAGAUAGUCAUUGUUGAUGUCGACGACCAUCGUUUAUCUGUUGCGAAAAAUCUUGGUGCUGAUGAUAUUGUUAAAGUUUCAACAAACAUUCAGGAUGUAGGUGAAGAAGUUAAGAAGAUACAUAAUGUUAUGGAAGGUGGUGUAGAUGUUACAUUUGAUUGUGCUGGUUUUGACAAAACAAUGACUACAGCAUUGGCUGCUACUCAACCAGGUGGCAAAGUUUGUCUAGUUGGAAUGGGUCAUUCUGAAAUGACUGUGCCACUCACCCCAGCUGCUGCAAGGGAAGUUGAUGUGAUUGGCAUUUUCCGCUAUAAGAAUACAUGGCCUCUUUGCCUUGAGUUUAUAAAGAGUGGAAAAAUUGAUGUAAAACCACUUAUAACUCAUAGGUUUGGGUUCUCUCAAAAGGAAGUGGAAGAAGCCUUUGAAACAAGUGCUCGUGGUGGUAACGCCAUUAAGGUCAUGUUCAAUCUUUAGAUACUAGACGUAUUUGGAUCUUCUACGGUUGGAUGGAGUAUAGUAUUGCAGUUGUAGGAAUCCUUAGAUUUAAAGAAAUAAAAUUUUCUCUCUAAAUUUAAGAGUUUUUGUAGUUGCAGUAUCAUAUCACAGUUGUAGAAGACCGGUCUAUACUAGAUUGAGAAUUGACUAAAAUUCUCUUCCUAUGAACAAAGUUUUUGUAUACUUGUUUGUUCAUGCCCUUGCUCAUUCUCUUGUUAAAUGUCAAUGUAUUUAUAAAUUUGGGUUGUGAAUAAAGUUGGUUUCAAUAAUAAGUAAUUAAAAAAUGUGUUGUUUCAACUCAUUUUUGAGUUGAGAAA